GCUGCGCUGAACGCCGUGGCUCAGGCUCUGCUCUUCCCCGCCGCCUUCGCCCUCAACCAACUCCUGGACCUCCAACCCAGCACCGCCGAGCGGCGCCGCCGGCAGCGCUGCCUGGACAUCAGCAGGAGGGCGGUUCUGGGUUCGGUGCUGGCGGUUCUGUUGGUGCUGGCGCUGCCGCUGGCGGCUGUGGGGCUGCUGCUCUGGUUGCCGGCGCAGGCGACACGAAGGCAGUUUGCCUACAGCUCUUGGGCUUCGGCCGAAACCGCGGUGCCGUGGGACGGCCGGCAGCGCCGGGAUUUCACCUUCGUCAGCGCCAACGUCUGCCUGCUGCCCAGCGGCAUCGCCAAGUUCAGCAAUUUGGGGCAGACGGCGUCGAGGGCGAAAUACUUGGGCCGGUGUUUGGCACCCGAUGGGCCCACGGAUCGGCAGCCCCUCGUGGGUGACGGUGGAGGAUGGGGGUACGGGGGGACGUGGAGAGCCGGGACGGAGCGGCGUGGGGAUGGAGGUGUGACUGUGGAGAUCCCACGGGAUCCAAAGGAGAGCAUCUGGGCCACCCCAGCAGAGCCACCCAUGGGUGCCCCAAAGGAGGGGGCCUGGAUCACCCCAACGGAGCCAUCCAAGGACAACCAAAGGGACACAGUCAUCGACAUCCCCAGGGAUGGGGUGAAGGACACCGCAUGGGGCCCAACAACCACUGACACCCCAUGGCAUGCGGUCAAGGACCCCCCAAAGGACCCAACCAUGGAGACCCCAACGGAUCCAACCACGCACACCCUGAGGGUUGGGACCCGGGUCACCCCAAAGGACCCAACCCCAAGGGACGGGGACACCCCAUGGGAUGAGCUCAGAGUCACCCCAAUGGACAACGACACCCCAUGGGACCCAACCGGGGCCACCCCAAAGCACAGGGACCCCCAGAGGGACCCAACCAGGACCACCCCAAUGCUCAGGGCCACCCCAAUGGACAACGACACCCCAUGGGACCCAACCGGGGCCACCCCGAGACGCAGAGACCCCCCGACCCCCCCACCCUCACCCCCACCCCGCACCUGGCUGGGUUCCUCCCCCCAGCUGUGGGAGCGCUUCCCCCCGGCCGCAGACUUCGUGUGCCUGCAGGAGGUGUUUGACCCCGUGGCCGAGGCGCUGCUGUGCCGCCAGCUGAAGCUCCGUUACCCCCACGUGUUGCACGGGGUGGGCGCCGGGGGGCUCCGCGCCGGGGGGCUGAAGGUGCUGGGCAGCGGGCUGCUGGUGGCUUCUCGAUACCCAGUGAUGGCCGCCAGCUUCUACUGCUACCCCAACGGGGCUGGGGAGGACGCGCUGGCGGCCAAAGGGCUGCUGUGCAUCCAGGUGAGCCUGGGCCAUGUUUCGGGCUGCCGGCUGCUGGGCUACGUGAGCUGCACGCACCUGCAGGCGCCCGAGCGUGACGCAGCCAUCCGCAAUGAGCAGCUGAGGCUGGCGCUGCUCUGGGUGCAGCACUUCCAGGAGAUGCACAGCAACAGGGGGGACGUGGUGGGCUUCGAUGUGCUCUGCGGGGACCUCAACUUCGACAACUGCUCCAGGGGCACACUGCUGGAUUACCUGAAGAUCUACGACGACCCCAUAAACAGCCCUGAGAAAAUGAGGAG